AUGUAUCUCGCCCGUGACAGUGGAGGACGCAGCGAGCUCUUAUUCGCGAUACACCCCGCCUUCGUCGAUGCACUACCAGUGGCAUCUCCGAGCCAGUCUGUCCAAGAAAGAAAUCAUAUCACCCUUCUGAGACAUGAAAUAGCCAACAUUAUGCAAGUAUUCGACACCAAGUGCGCCGAACAGGAUCUCUCGGAAGAUACAUUUUGCAUUUGCAUAGAUUCCCUGAACAGUAUCCUUGUUCUAUUUGAAGAUCUAGUUGUCGGAAAAUUCCCAGCUAGAAAUUGCAAUAGCAGCGAUGAAUUGCAUGCAGAGUUUCCAAAGCUUGUUGCUCUUAAGUACCAAAUUUCCACAGGAGAACUAGUGUCUGCAUCCUUUUGGGUUUCAUUUGGGGGGAAGCCAAGGCAACACAACACAACACUAAUUGUACAGCAUUUCAACCAAACCAUAUCGAAACUAUUCUCUACAAUUAAUUAUGAGUCAAAUACUUUUCGUUUCUAUGAAAUUGAAGAUGACUACGAGUCAGACAAGGCUCUGUUACGCAACGCCGAGGAGCUCGCGGCAGCUCUGGGAGCAAUUUUCGAACAACUCAAAGCAUUGAUAUGUCUAAAAGAUCCGGAAGGCCACAAUUCCUAUGUGCGACUCUCCGAGUUUGCGAAAAAUGAGCUCCAAAUGAUGAUAUCUAUCUGCGGACAUCGAAGUCUGUGGCAGCACGUGGUCUUUCAUAUGGAGACUACAAACAAUUGCAAUAUGAAACACUCAUGGAUAAAGGAGAUUUGUUCGGAGUUGACACGUUCAUACCGGAAAAAAAGGGUGUUAUCCAUGACCUUCGAUGGAAAAGGGUUUUGCAAAAACUCCACUAGUGAGGCUCACGGGAAGGAAUCGGCGAUAUUAUCAACGGAGACCCUGAGCAAUAUUCUCCAAAAGGAAGAACAGCUAAAGCAAGGGAAAGCUAGUCACUACAAAACUAUCAGAAAGAAGGACAAAAGGCGACUCAGUUUACUCCUUUCUAAUUCCCUUAUCCAUUUGUCCGGCAGCGCCUUAUUGCGAAAUCCUUGGAGUGCCAACACCAUUCAUAUUAGACAACGGAAGGAUGGCUUCAUCGGCCAAGAUACCGCUCCAGAGGCAUACAUGACAUACGCAUUUAACUCACAAAUUAUCGAGGAAAAUGCCAUCAACGAAGACCUAGAACCGGGGGAUCCCUAUGUUUUAGGCCUGGCAAAGCUCUUACUAGAACUAGAAUUGGGAAAGGAAAUCACCGUGCUUGAUGAAGAUAUUGACGAAAUCACUGGUAAAACAUCGUUAUACAUGGCAAUUACCCGAAUUCACGGAGACCUGGAUCAGUAUUUGGAGGACAUGGAUCCAUUUAUUGGGAUAAUAGAUUCAUGCCUGCAAAUUUGCACCGAUCUCUACGACAUGGACCUCCGCCACACCAACAGCAAGGAUUAUUAUCACAAGCUUAGGGAAGAGGUAUUAACCAAAGUGAUUAGACCUUUGAAUCAAAGGGACAAAAUCAUCAGCAAACACUGGAAAUUUGUCCAAAGAUCCAGAACAUCAACAUCCGAGAGCAUAUCAAGUAGUGUGCAAUGGUUGAAAGAAUUUGACUUCAUCAACCGAGAUAUGGGGAGGUUAAUUUCCGUGUCCAGAGUCACGUCAAAAAAUAGAAAUAUCAGACUAGCCAUUCUAGAUACGGGCUGCGAUUUGACUGCACCUUGUAUGGCAGUCCUUCCUGGCGUCCCAGCACGCUUAGUAGGCCACUGGAGAGAUUUUCAUGAAGGCUCAACGGAACCGGUAGAUGAGGAUGCGAAACAGCACGGAACAGCACUUACAGCUCUUCUAUUCAGAGUGGCAUUCAAUGUCGAUAUUUACGUAGGUCGAGUUACGAAAGAUCAGGCAGAUUUACCCAACUCAACUCAAAAUAUAUCCAAGGCAAUUCAUUACGCCGCGGCCGAAUGGAAGGCUGACGUCAUUACAAUGUCGUUUGGCUUCCCGUUUAUUGUUGAUGAGAUUGAAUAUGCCGUUACAGAUGUAAACAGAGGCCGCCGAAAGGACGGAAAGAGUGAAGUGGUCUUUUUCGCGGCCGCGAACAAUGAUGGGCUAAACUCGGAGGAAAUGUUUCCCGCAAGCCUCGAGACUGUUAUAUCAGUACGUGGAACAGAUCAUACCGGUGCGUUUAUCAACAAGUUCAAUCCAAUACCUAGGCCACAGAAGGCAAGAGGCCUGUUGUAUGGCACGCUUGGUCAAAAUGUUCCAUACGACAUAGGAGACAACGGUGCCCAAAUGUCGGGAUGUUCGGUGGCCACUCCAAUCUUGGCUGGUAUUGUGGCGACAAUUGUGCAGUAUGCAAACUACACAGUAGGAAUGGACGCAGAGACGAUAACAAGGCUGCUAACAAAAGAUGGUAUUCUUCAAGUAUUGGAACACAUUUCUGUGGGGGAUGACUUUGGCCGCCGACGAUACAGCGGCAUAUCACAUUGGGGCGGCAGGUUUAGUAAGCUCAAAUUCAACAUGUUGCGCGACUAUUAG